AUGCUGUCCCCCAAACAAUGGCUGCAGGGGUGUAACUUCCAAGACAGCAGCUGUUCAUCUCUAGCUGCAGUUCUCAGCUCAAACUCCCCCAUUCUGAGACAUCUGGACCUGAGUGGGAAUUUCAAACUGGGUGAUUCAGGAGUGAAGCUGCUGCUGCAGAGGUGUGACCUCUCAGACAGCAGCUGUUCAUCUCUGGCUGCAGCUCUCAGAUCAAGCUCCUCCAGUCUGAGACAUCUGCACCUGAGUGGGAAUAAACAACUGGGUGAUUCAGGAGUGAAGCUGCUGUCUACUGGACUGGAGCAUCCAAACUGUAGACUGGAGACACUGCAGUUGUCAGACUGUGGUGUAACAGGAGAAGGAUAUGCUGCUCUGGCCUCAGCUCUCAAAUCAAACCCUUCACACCUGGAGGAGCUGGACCUGAGAGGAAACGACCCUGGAGACUCUGGAGUGGAGCUCCUCACUUCAGCACUGACCAAUCAGAAGUGCAAACUCAGGUUGUUGUCUGAUGAAGCAGAGAGAGCCUGUGAGUAUCUGACUUCAGUUCUGGGUAGAAACCCCUUACUCCUGACAGAGCUGGACCUGACUGGAAAGAGACUAGGAGACUCAAUUGUGAAGCUGUUAUGUCCUCUACUGAAGUUUUCACGGAUCAAGGAAAUCGGGUUAGUGAUUUAA